AUGGUUCUCACAACAACUAAAAGUGUGGGGGUUACUGAUAAUUUUUGCCAAUGCGAGGCUCCCCUUGUAAUUUUGACAAUUCAGACAAGAGAUAUAUACGCAAAGCCCAAGCUCAGGUCCGAGUCGAGAGAGGGAGAGAUGGGGAGGGAGAGACUGAUGCCUUGUGUUCUAUUCUUAAUGUCGCUCUCUCUGCAAGCCAGCGUUCGAGCACACUCAACCUCUUCGCCUCUUUUGCAGAAAGCUCAGGAUUCUGAAGAACGAGCUGGUGCAAGAACUCUUAAGCAAGAACAAGAUCAAGAACAUGCUCAUGAAAUUCAUUGUUCAAGAGAAAGAAGUAGGGCAGCCUGGAAAAUAAUUGAGGAGUAUUUGAUACCAUUUGUGGAUCGGGAGAAAUAUCAGAUUCCAAGAAAGUGUAAACUUCAUCCUGACAACGAUCUCUUCCGAGAUCAGGAGCAGCACAAGGUUCAUGUGGACAUAAAUGAAUGGCGCUGUGGAUAUUGUAAGAAAAGCUUUCGGGCAGAGAAAUAUCUUGAUCAACAUUUUGACAACAGACACUACAAUCUUCUGAAUGUUAGUCACAGCAAGUGCUUGGCAGAUUUAUGUGGGGCAUUGCAUUGUGAUCUUGUGAUGGAGUCUAGGUCUGGUAAAUCCAAAUGCAAUCCUGCAGCUGCUGCAAGGAAUCGCCACUUGUGUGAGAGCCUUGCAGAUAGCUGUUUUCCUGUUAAUCAGGGUCCCUCAGCAAACCGCCUUCACGAAUUGUUCUUGCGCCAAUUCUGUGAUGCUCACACUUGCUCAGGUGGCCGCAAACCCUUUUCAAGGGGAGGCAUGAGGCAAACAAGCGUCUUCUACUUGGCUAUUUCAAUAUUGACCAUGAUGCUGCUCCCUAUCUUCUAUGCCAUUGUCUAUUUGUACCAAAGAGAAAUGAGAAAAGGCACCCAAGAACUUAAGCGCAUCACACGACAAGGGCGAAAAACAAAGCCAUCUUAGUUGGUAAACUAUAGACUAUUUUCCCUAGAAGAAUUUAGUUGAAUAGAAUGCUGAGAUUGAGAGAAUAAGCUGUGUUAAGCUUUUAAAUGAUAAUUUUUUGGGUCAUGACACCUUGUCAUCCUGCCAUUCUAGGAUGGUAUAAUGGAUCUAAAGGACACAAGUAUGGUCUUUCUUUUUGUGUUUCUUCUUUUUCUUUCUAUUCUUUUUUUUUUUUCUGGUGGGAAGGGGGAGGUUGAAUAUUUGAAGUUAUUUUUCUUCUGUUAGAGAAUUACUGACAUUGCAAUUGUAAUGGUCUGACAAUGUUACUCUUUGCAAUAGGUGGG